AUGGAUUCCAUAUAUGGAAACGACUCCGACAUGUCUAACGUAUCGCCGGCCUACUAUUCCGGUGGAGUUCCUGUGUUCACCCCUUCAAUGGAAGAGUUUGAAGACUUCUAUAAGUACAACAAAGCAAUUAACAAGUAUGGAAUGCAAACCGGUAUAGUUAAAGUAAUACCUCCAAAGAAAUGGUUGGAUAAGGUCAGAAAAGGGUAUACGACAAAGAAUUUAUCCAAAAUAGUCAUUAAGAAUCCUAUUGUUCAACAAAUUAAUCAUAAUGGACCAGGUAUAUUCUCUCAGCAGAAUAUUGAAAGACUUCGAACUUAUAACAUAUUCCAAUGGAAGGAAUUAUCUGAAAAGCCCAAUUAUCAACCACCGGCAAUUCGAAAGAAAUCUGAAGGUUCAUCUGAUGGAGAAUCUGAGUCUAAACACAAAUUACGAUCCCAUCGUUAUGAUUCAUCAUACAAUAUAGAUGCAUCAGAAUAUACACCUGAACGAUGUGAAGAAUUAGAAAAGAAUUAUUGGAGAACUCUAACGUAUGCCGAACCAAUGUAUGGUGCUGAUAUGCUUGGAUCAAUAUUUGAAACCUCAGUCAAAAGUUGGAAUGUUAACCAUUUACCGAACAUUUUAGACUUGAUGGAUGUCAAAUUACCGGGAGUAAAUGAUGCUUAUCUCUAUGCUGGAUUAUGGAAAGCUACUUUUGCAUGGCACUUGGAAGAUCAGGAUUUAUAUUCUAUCAAUUAUCUUCAUUUUGGAGCUCCCAAGCAAUGGUAUGCCAUCCCUCAAGCUGAAAGAGAGAAAUUCUUUAAUAUAAUGAAAGAUUUAUUUAAUGAUGAAUAUAAGAAUUGUUCUGAAUUCUUACGUCACAAAACAUUCUUAGUAUCACCAUCAUUCUUAGCUAAACAUAAUAUCACAGUUAAUCAUAUAAUUCAUAAUGAAGGAGAAUUUAUGAUUACUUAUCCCUAUGGUUAUCAUGCGGGAUUUAAUUAUGGAUAUAAUUUGGCUGAAUCAGUAAAUUUUGCCUUGGAUGAUUGGUUCUCAAUUGGGAAAGAGACCAAGAAGUGUGAGUGUAUCAGUGAUGCAGUUAAUAUCAAUAUUGAACAACUUAUUUGUAAAUUCAAGGGUUUACCAUACUCUCCACCAGCUUCAGACACUGACGAACAAGAGGAAAAAAAACCAGUCGCUACUAAAAGACAAUCAAUAGUAAAGAGACAGAUUGUUUCUUCCAAAAGAAAAGUAGAAACGGUAGAAACUCCAUCUCAUCACUAUGAAUGUUACUUAUGCCCCAAUAAUCUUUCGCAAAUUCCGUUUGUUAAUACAAGUCCCAUGUUUCAAUUGGUUGAUUCUGAUGUAGUGAAUCCACAAACUCAAAGUCAAUUUAAAAUCCACAGGAUCUGUGCUAAUAUGUUUCAAAAGCAAUUGAAAUACAUAUGCAAAGACAAUGCUGUCACGGGACUAUUGGAUAUAACAAAGGCUCAGAAGAAGUUACAAUGUAAAUUAUGUCAGAAAUCAUUUCUUGGAGCCUGUUUCCAAUGUAGUGAACCCAAAUGUACUCGAUCAUAUCAUGGAACUUGUGGAAUUGCUGAUGGAAUGUUAUACGAUUUUGACCAUGAGAUUUUUAAGUGUCGGUAUCACAGACCCAAGAAGUAUACAGUUAAUGUAUGGAACAAACUAUCCAAUAUAGUUGCUCAGAAUCAUCCUUAUUCUUGGGUGCAAUUCACAUUCAAUGGAAAGUUCUAUUUUGGUAUGAUUCUUGCAAACAAUACCAGCGAAGGUUCAUUGAAUUUAUUAGUAUACCCAUAUGCUACUGAUGUUUUGGAAGUUCCUUAUGAGAACAUAUUGGUCGGAAUGGAUCCGGACCAUCUAGAUAACUUUGUAUUUAUAUCGCCUCAGGACUCUCUCUACUUGAAGAGAGUGGAAGAGCAAAUCCCCUUAGUAGAAGUGACUACAGAAAGUGUAUGA